AUGCAAACCCUCUCCCGAAUUCGAUUAACGCCUUUAGCCGCGCAGGCGAGGUUCUCCCGCUCCGGCCGACCUUUCGCUCUCUCGAAUACCUUCAUUCGCCUCGCCAGCACUACAAGCCCCCGCAAGCUUGAUCUUCCUGCCUUGGACAAAAAAUGGCAGGCUCAGUGGAAAUUGGACGCGACGUCGCCGCAAUGCACUAGCGAAUUAGAAUCCGAGCCUAAGCCGAAGUCCUACAUCUUGUCGAUGUUCCCUUAUCCCUCGGGCACAUUACAUAUGGGUCAUCUUCGCGUUUAUACCAUUUCAGAUGUAUUGUCACGGUUUUAUAAAAUGCGUGGACAUGAUGUCCUCCAUCCUAUGGGAUGGGAUGCCUUUGGAUUGCCAGCAGAAAACGCGGCGAUUGAACGCGGCGUGGAUCCUGCUGAAUGGACGGCACAAAAUAUUGCAAAGAUGAAGGCUCAGUUAGGGAGUAUCUCUGCUGAAUUUGACUGGGACCGGGAACUUGCUACCUGUGCACCGGAUUUCUACGAGCACACGCAACGGAUAUUUCUGAUGCUGCAUGAGAAGGGAUUGGCGUACCAAGCCGAGGCUUUAGUCAAUUAUGACCCUGUCGACAAGACCGUGCUCGCUAAUGAACAGGUGGAUGCCAAUGGAUUCUCAUGGCGGUCUGGAGCCAAGGUCGAGAAAUUAAAUCUCAAGCAGUGGUUUUUCCGUAUCACGGACUUUAAGGAAAUGCUAUUAAAGGAUCUAGACUCACUUGCUGGGGGCUGGCCAGAUCGUGUCCUAUCUAUGCAACGGAAUUGGCUUGGAAAAUCGAACGGUGCCAAAAUUAGGUUCCCGGUGGCCGUUCAUGGUACAAAUGUACACGUUGAUGUCUUCACCACCCGACCAGACACCCUCUACGGUGUUGAAUAUCUGGCACUCUCGCUAGACCACCCAAUUGUCUUGAAUGCUGCGGAGAAAGACGCCUUGCUCCGUAAGUUUUUGGAUGAUGCAUCACAACUUCCUCCCGACUCGAAAGCCGGUUACCGCUUGAAUGACAUUGCAGCAACCCAUCCUUUGCUGAAAAUUGACAAAGAGAGCCCACAAUUAGAGAGAAAUAUCCCUGUCUUCGUUGCACCCUAUGUCCUCAGUGAUUAUGGCGAGGGUGCAGUCAUGGGUGUUCCCGGUCAUGACGCCAGAGACAUGGCUUUCUUCAAGGAAAAUGCGGACCCUGAGUCAAUUCCUAUAGUCAUUGAGUCAGAGCCAUCUCAAGGAAACAAGAACUUUGUCUCCGCCCAGGACGCGAAGGCCUUUACGCAGGAAGGUUUCCUCACCUCGCAGUGUGGAAAGUACCAAGGCUUGCCCUCCAAGGAAGCUGGACAGCAGAUUGUCAACGAUCUCAACAAAGAAGGACAGGCCAACUUCGUGGAAAGCUGGCGGUUACGAGAUUGGUUGAUCAGCCGGCAACGGUACUGGGGUGCACCUAUCCCUAUCAUCCACUGUGGCGAGUGCGGCCCAGUUCCUGUGCCAAAAGAAGACCUCCCCGUCAAACUGCCCAAGAUCCAAGGAGAAUGGCUGAAGGGCAAGAAGGGUAACCCCCUUGAAUCAUCCGAGGAGUGGCUUCACACAAGCUGCCCCAUCUGUGGAGGGCCAGCAAAGCGUGAUACAGAUACCAUGGAUACUUUUGUGGACUCAUCUUGGUAUUUCCUCCGUUUCCUGGACGCAUCAAAUAAAGAUUCCCCUUUCUCGGCUUCUGUGGCGCGGCCAGUAGAUGUCUACAUCGGUGGUGUGGAGCAUGCCAUUUUGCAUCUGCUCUACGCUCGAUUCAUUUACAAGUUCCUUGCGCAGUCAGAAUUGUUCCCAGCCUCCACUCCCGGGGAACAAUCUGUAUCAGAGCCUUUCAAGAUGCUCUUGUCCCAGGGCAUGGUUCAUGGCAAGACCUUUACAGAGCCCUCGACGGGUCGAUUCUUGCUCCCGCACGAAGUGGAUCUCACAAAACCCGACAAGCCCUUGAUCUCAGGCACUCAAAUUACUCCUAAUAUUUCAUUUGAGAAAAUGUCAAAGAGCAAGCACAAUGGUGUUGACCCUACAGUCUGUGCAUCCAAGUAUGGUGCCGAUGCCACCCGUGCACACGUGCUCUUCUCGGCGCCUGUGAGCGAAGUCCUGGAGUGGGACGAAUCCAAGAUUGUCGGUGUUGAGCGCUGGUUCGGCCGCCUUUGGAAGCUCGUGAUUGACACACAGCAAACCUUGGCUGAGGCGUCUUUCGCUCUUCCCGUGACCGAUCUGAAGAACCCUACCGGUCACGUCGUAUCUCUACCUCCGUCCCUCCAGGACCUUUCUGAUUUCGACGCGGACGCUGUUCUCGCGACUCAUAACACUAUCUCUUCGGUCACUAGCUGCAUUGAGAGCAACCCCUACGGCUUGAAUACCGUCAUCUCGGAUCUAACCAAAUUGACCAACGCCUUGUCAUCGGCACCCCCAUCCUCUCCUCUCGCCCUUUAUCUAUGUCUUUCUGCCCUCCUUCGCCUCCUGGCACCAAUUGCACCUGCACUAGCCUCCGAGUCCUGGGAAAUACUGCAUGAUUCUGCUCUGCAGUCUGAUCCUACAACUUCUCUAUCAUCCAUCUUCUCAUCUCCCUGGCCAAGCACGCUUCUGACCCCCGAGCAAGCCGAGGCUCUAUCCUCCCGUGGUGGCCAAACGAUAGCAGUCCAAGUCAACGGAAAACUCCGCUGUGCUGUUACCAUUCCACGCUGGCCGUCCUCUGAAGAAACGCCAUCCAAGGGCAAAGUGGCUCUUUCGAAGGAAGAACAAGACUGGAUCAUUGAUCGGGUCUUGGAGAGUACUGAAGGCAAUCUGUGGCUGCGUGAGAAGAACGAUUGGGAGAAGAGGCGACGAGUCAUCGUUGUCAAGGGCAAAUUGGUGAACGUCGUGUUCUGA